CUAUCCCUCCCUGGUUUUUCUUCUUCUCCCGGCCGCUGGUGACGUCGUUGCCGUCGCGCGGCACGGCGGCGUGACGUCAAGCGGAGCGUCGGCGAUGACGUCGACUCGGGUCAAGUAGCGAGCAGGAAAGAAAAUGGCGGACCAAAUCCCCCUCCACCCGGUUCCGCGCAGCACUCAGCGGAGGGCGGCUUACUAUACCCACGCCUCCGGCGCCCAGAGGCAUAACAGGUACCAGGUAGAAGAUGAGUCCUCUCAUCUGGAUGAAAUGCCAUUAAUGAUGUCAGAGGAAGGCUUUGAAAAUGAUGAAAGUGAUUACCACACUUUACCAAGAGCCAGAAUUUCUCAGAGAAAAAGAGGUUUAGAAUGGUUUAUCUGCGGUGGCUGGAAAUUUCUUUGUACCAGUUGCUGUGAUUGGCUUAUAAACAUUUGCCGGAGAAAGAAAGAACUCAAAGCACGCACAGUAUGGCUUGGAUGUCCUGAAAAAUGUGAAGAAAAAUACCCAAGAAAUGCUAUAAAAAAUCAAAAAUACAAUAUAUUUACAUUUAUACCUGGGGUUUUAUAUGAACAAUUCAAGUUUUUCUUGAAUCUUUAUUUUCUCGUUGUGUCCUGCUCACAGUUUGUACCGGCUUUGAAAAUAGGCUACCUCUACACCUACUGGGCUCCUCUGGGAUUUGUUUUGGCUGUCACAGUGCUGCGGGAGGCAGUUGAUGAAUUUCGGCGUUACCAGCGAGACAAGGAAAUGAACUCUCAAUUAUAUGGAAAGCUUACAAUACGAGGUAAAGUGCAAGUAAAAAGCUCAGACAUUCAAGUUGGAGACCUCAUCAUAGUGGAAAAGAAUCAGCGAAUCCCAUCUGACAUGGUGUUUCUAAGAACUUCAGAAAAAACAGGUUCUUGUUUUAUCCGAACUGAUCAGCUAGAUGGUGAAACAGACUGGAAACUAAAAGUUGCUGUUAGUUGCACACAGAGAUUACCAGCUUUAGGGGAUCUUUUUUCCAUCAACGCAUAUGUUUAUGCUCAGAAGCCACAAAUGGAUAUUCACAGUUUUGAAGGCACUUUUACACGGGAAGACAGUGAUCCAACUGUUCAUGAAAGUCUAAGCAUUGAAAAUACCUUAUGGGCAAGCACUGUUGUUGCUUCGGGAACAGUAAUUGGUGUUGUUAUUUACACUGGAAAAGAAACUCGAAGUGUAAUGAAUACAUCCAAUCCAAAGAAUAAGGUUGGCUUGCUGGACCUUGAGCUGAAUCAACUAACCAAAGCACUAUUCUUGGCUCUAGUUGCACUUUCAGUUGUUAUGGUCACCUUGCAAGGAUUUGUAGGGCCAUGGUACCGCAAUCUCUUUCGAUUUCUCCUUCUUUUUUCCUACAUAAUCCCAAUCAGUUUACGAGUAAACCUAGAUAUGGGUAAAGCAGCCUAUGGAUGGAUGAUUAUGAAGGAUGACAAUAUACCUGGAACAGCUGUCCGAACUAGUACCAUACCUGAAGAACUGGGGCGUCUGGUGUAUCUACUAACAGAUAAAACAGGUACACUGACCCAGAAUGAGAUGAUAUUUAAGCGUCUCCACCUUGGCACUGUGUCAUAUGGAAUAGACACAAUGGAUGAGAUUCAAAAUCAUAUUAUUAAUUCCUACUCCCAGGUGCAUUCCCAAGCUAGUGGAAACAGUACCAGUUCAACUCCUUCCAGAAAGAUCCAGUCUUCUGCACCUAAAGUCCGCAAAACUGUCAGCAGUCGAAUACAUGAAGCCGUAAAAGCCAUUGCACUGUGUCACAAUGUUACACCUGUGUAUGAAUCCAGAACAGGAGUGACUGGAGAAACAGAAUAUGCAGAAGUAGAUCAGGAUUUCAGUGAUGAAAACAGAACUUAUCAAGCUUCUAGCCCUGAUGAGGUAGCUCUGGUGCAGUGGACAGAAAGUGUUGGCCUGACUUUGGUGAACAGAGAUUUGACUUCAAUGCAACUGAAAACUCCCAGUGGACAGAUUCUUACCUACUAUAUUCUGCAGAUUUUCCCUUUCACAUCUGAGAGCAAACGAAUGGGAAUCAUAGUGAGGGAUGAAUCUACAGGUGAAAUCACAUUUUACAUGAAAGGUGCAGAUGUUGCCAUGUCCUCCAUUGUUCAGUAUAAUGACUGGCUAGAAGAAGAGUGUGGUAACAUGGCAAGAGAAGGACUCCGUACUCUGGUUGUUGCCAAGAAAUCAUUAACAGAAGAACAUUAUCAGGAUUUUGAGAAUCGAUAUAACCAAGCAAAAUUAAGUAUACAUGACAGAACUCUGAAAGUGGCUGCAGUGGUAGAGAGUUUAGAAAGAGAAAUGGAAUUACUGUGUCUCACUGGAGUUGAAGAUCAACUACAGGCUGAUGUUAGGCCAACACUGGAGAUGCUACGAAAUGCGGGAAUAAAGAUAUGGAUGCUAACGGGAGAUAAACUGGAAACUGCCACUUGUAUUGCCAAAAGCUCCCACUUAGUUUCCAGAACACAAGAUAUUCAUAUUUUCAGACCUGUAACCAGUCGUGGAGAAGCUCAUUUAGAGCUAAAUGCAUUCAGAAGGAAACAUGACUGUGCAUUGGUAAUAUCUGGAGAUUCUCUGGAGGUCUGUUUGAAGUACUAUGAGCAUGAAUUUGUAGAACUAGCAUGUCAGUGUCCAGCUGUCGUAUGCUGUCGAUGCUCUCCCACCCAAAAAGCCCACAUUGUAAAAUUGUUGCAACACCAUACAGGAAAACGUACAUGUGCAAUAGGUGAUGGAGGAAAUGAUGUUAGUAUGAUCCAGGCAGCAGACUGUGGAAUUGGAAUUGAAGGAAAGGAAGGGAAACAAGCUUCCUUGGCUGCUGAUUUUUCUAUUACACAGUUUAAACACAUUGGCAGACUGCUGAUGGUACAUGGUCGAAAUAGUUAUAAAAGAUCAGCAUCACUUGGUCAAUUUGUCAUGCACAGAGGCCUUAUUAUUUCAACUAUGCAGGCUGUGUUUUCGUCAGUCUUCUAUUUUGCAUCUGUCCCUCUAUACCAGGGUUUCUUAAUGGUAGGGUAUGCAACUAUAUACACUAUGUUUCCAGUCUUUUCCUUAGUAUUGGAUCAAGAUGUGAAACCAGAAAUGGCACUGUUAUAUCCAGAACUUUACAAAGACCUUACUAAGGGGAGAUCUUUGUCAUUUAAAACCUUCCUCAUCUGGGUUUUAAUCAGUAUUUACCAAGGUGGAAUUCUGAUGUAUGGAGCUCUUCUGCUUUUUGAGUCUGAAUUUGUCCAUGUUGUUGCCAUUUCGUUCACUGCACUAAUCCUGACAGAGCUCUUGAUGGUUGCACUUACCAUACGAACUUGGCACUGGUUAAUGGUGGUAGCUGAAAUCUUCAGUCUUUGCUGCUAUGUGGCCUCUCUUGCAUUUCUAAAUGAGUAUUUUGGUAUAGGCAGAGUGUCUUUUGGAGCUUUCUUAGAUGUUGCCUUUAUCACAACCGUGACCUUCCUGUGGAAAGUGUCAGCCAUCACUGUAGUAAGCUGUCUUCCUCUUUAUAUUCUGAAGUACUUAAAACGUAAAUUUUCUCCUCCAAGUUACUCUAAACUUACCUCUUAAAAAAUGACUGAACACCUGGUUUUUCCACCAAGAUGACUCUAACUAGAAAUUGCUUCAAGCGUACUCAUUCUACUUCAGUGAUAAGUUGAAGAGAGAAAAAUAGUAACAAGAAAAAUGGAGUAACAGAGCACAAAGAAGAUGGAAGAAUCUGACAGUUACAGUGAAGUUUAUUAGCAGAACCAUUGAGAAUAAAUACAUUUCAUUUUAUAUGUGGCUUUUUAAAACAUCUCAGUUAGCAGUGCUUCUGAAUUUAUUUAAUUGCUACUGUAAAGGAUUUAUUCCUACUGCACUAUUUUUCUGUAUAUGGAACAGAAAACACUUUUUCCUAUAAUAUCAUAAUUUCCAAGUAGUUGCAUUCUCUCACAGAAAAAGGCAUUCAUUUAUAAAAGUGUAACAAGCCUAGAAAGUGUAAAUGCCAUUGUCUGUAUUUGCUGCUAUAUUAUCUCCCAUAUAUGCACUAUAUGAAUUAUGAACAGCUGUCCAUGUAGCGCAGUGUUCGUCUGGGAUCUGUGGUAUCUUUCUUCUCUGUUCUCCAUUGCUAAUCUGCAUUAGGACAUCUGAGUAAUUGGCAGCAGCCUUUCAGUUGCAAAUGGAGGCCAACCUGCACAAAAUGCGAUGAAAAAUAAUGUUCUGUAAAUCAUUCCGUUACACCUGUUGCUCUGCACAGACUGCCACAGACUUCACAGUUCAGUAAAUGUUUUAUAAGUUCCUACCUGCUUUUGUAUUUAUAAAACUAUACUCAAAUAUUAGCACAUUACUUGACAUUUCAUUUAUAGAAGUUAAAUUGUUCUGGCACAGUCCACCAACAGUGCUUCUGUGCAGGCUGGGAUCAUUUUACUGGGAGUUAUGACAAGUCCCAAUAAAAUGAAAGUUGCUUAUACAGCAGCCAAGUUUGGUAAAUUGUGGCCAAAUAUGUCAAUCAGGCUCAGAGUACUUUCCUCAUUGAUUUCAUCAAAGGGAGCUGAUCCACAUACAAAUCCCUUUUUGGCAUACAGACUGCCUUUCUCAGUUUAAAUUAAUGAAGGCUUCCCACACAAACACAUUAUGUGAGCUUAAACUGUACAUUGAAUUCUGAGUCAGGCUAGUACAUGCACAUUGUUAUCUGUUUACUUAAGGCUACUCAGGUAUAAGAAGAAUAAAAUUGUUAUUAUAGUAAUGGUAGAAAAUCCAUCAUCUUCCAACACAUAAUUUAUUACUGCAAGAAGAGAAAGUGACACUCUGUAAUUUGAUGUACUCUUGAAAAACAGUUAUUUAAUAUCUUAUGUACUGUAUUGUUACACAGAAUUGAUAUUUUUUCCAAGGCUGUUUCUUUUUUUCAAGAAAAACAUGUACCCAGUUAUUCAGAAUAGUCAGGUAUCAGCCAAAAGAACAAAUAUAAUUUAACCAUGCUACUAAAUGAGAAUUUAUUUGUAUAUUUUGAGCUGUAAGCAACUUUUUUUAAUAUCAUAUUGUUUUGUGAGAAUGUCUCACAAGAAAACCUUUUGUAGUACCAGUAUCUUAACACCUUGUUAUUUUAUAAUGUUGUUAAACGUAAACACUUCCAGAAAAAGACUGUUGGCAAAUUAUUUGAGCUACAAUCCACUCCAUUUAUGUUGAAAAUGUUUAACAGCAGCUGAUCUUUGUUUUUUAAAAAGACCUUUGAAACAUUCUUCAUUAUAAAAGCAAUAAAACCUCAUUUCUACCAAAUAUUGAAAGUUUGUAAAAUAAAUGUUUUCAUUAAUAUUUAUUUUUAUGCUGUUCUCAAUAAUGUUUUGUUUUUCAAGUUGCUGACCUUAUACAACCAUCAGUUAAUCCCAAUGCCCACUAGAUGUCACUGGGAGGUGGGAGUUUUAUGUGCUAAACACUGCUUUGCUCAUAAUAUGUGAAAUUUGCCAAGCUUUUAAAAAACGUUACAUUUUAACUGUUACUGAAAAAUCUAAAAUAUGUGUUAUUUGGCAACAUUUCUGAAUGAAAAAUUCCAAAUUAGCAUCUAAUGAACAGAGCAGUUAGCUACAUUAUAUCCACUGUCCAUUCAUAUUGUAAUUAUUUAUCCAUCUAUUCCAAGAAGACAACAGUACCAUGCUUAAAUUCAGUAUGCGAACAAAAUCUUAAUGAUGCUUGAUCAUCUUUUGCUAUAAAAUGCCUUUAUUAUGGGCUAAAUUAGUUUUAAAAACACAAUCAACCUGACUGGGAAAAUGCAAGUAGUUUUUUCUAGCAUAUCUGUGUACAAGAAUGCCAAUAUAUAAAUAACUGUACUGUGUAUCUCAUGUAUAUAAAUAUGUAUAUAUGUACAUUAAAAACUGACUGACAAUUA